AUGGCCGGCGGCGGCGGCGGCGCUUGGACGCCCCCGCGGAGUUGUGCGGAUUACUGGGCCGAGUGGACUCUGUGCCGCAGCGUCCGCAACCUCGUCCACCACUACUACGCCUUCGGGGAGGCCCCGGCCUGUGCCCAGUGGAAGCUAGACUUUGCCAGCUGCCGGGAGUGGGAGGAGCGACGGAGCCCAGAGGCCCAGCAGGCCCUGCGCGAGAGCGAGCGGGCGCGACUCCGGGCCCGGCAACGGGCGCCCGACCCCGUGUGGGUCCUGAGGCGGAGGCCCCCGGAGGACUGGCACUGCCCCCUGCCCGACCAGGACGGCCCCAAGUGACGGGCACACCGACGGCGCCCGGACCCCGAGAAGGAGGGAGGAGCCGUGGGGCUUGGCCCCAAGAAGCCCAGAGGACCCGGGUUCUAAUCCCAGCCCCGCCGCUCACCAGCCGGACGACCUCGGGCACGGCUGCUAGAGGCUGGGUGAGCCACCUUGGCCUCAGUCCCACUUUGGCGCCCACCGAACCGCGGCUUCCGUAAUAAACAGGUCCCCCCACCACGGUGUCUGUGUGCGUCUGACCCAGCCCAGAAGCGGGCCCCAUUUCCGCGUGGGUAACCCAGCUGGCCCGGAGUUCGUUUCCCGGGCCCCUGACCGGUUCCCGGUCGGCAGCAAGACCUCCACAAGCUCCGACUCUGUCCUGCUUUUAUUACAGAGUGGCAGCCGGGGAGGGGCAGAG